AUGAAAAACUCAAGGAUCAAGUCCUUAGAUCGAGUCGAUGAGUCCGUAACGCAAGGGGAUUGGAACGUCCAAAAUGAGAGCACAGGACAUUUCUUCUUCAUCUUUGGAAUUUCCCCCCCGAUGAACGAAAGAAUGGGGGAAUCGGGACAGCGACGAAGAGGACCGCGUCGCCCGUUUCCCCCUCUGUCUCGUUCUCUCCUCCAAAUUAAGUGGAUCUCGUCUUGCGUGGCAGCCGCAGUCAUGAGGUUCGAGGGAAGGAGGAAGUGGAUCUGCUUGCUGCUGCCCCUCCUCGACUGGGGGGUCCGGGAUGCGGCUGGGCAGAACACGAACCCGGUCAUCACCACGAACAUCAUUGGUGCCGGGGCGGUGACCGGAAUUAUCCCACCGAACAUCGUAGGAACUGUGUUACCUUUCAUCCCUCUUCUCUGCCUCUUCUCCGCCAUCAAGUCGGGUAAGUUCAAACUGGCGUUCGACAACAAGCACCGAAAGUUCAAGGGACAUAAGAGACCAUCCGUGAACAAGAUUGUCGUGCACCAGCACGUGAAGAAGCCGCACCACCACCACACCUCAGAGCCGAUCUUCGUGGACCCUUCUUCCUCGUCCUCUCUGUCCUCUUCGUCGGGGGGUGUGGGGUCCUUCACGAAUCACCUCGCUCCCCGUUCGCUGAGACGGGUUGACGGGGAGCCGGCUCGGAAGCGGGGGAGGUCGGGCAAGGCGGUGUCCAGGUUCAGCAAGGGGGGUUAA